ACGAGUUUAACGUCACAUCCGUUCAGGAAGUUGCUGUGAGCAGUCUCGUGCGUGCGGAGCUCCAAGGUGAGCGCGGUGUGUUCAGGUGCAGCCGGAGGAGGUUCACAUGUUGACGGUGUUUCAGGUGAGCGUCCGCCGGGCGCUGUGGAGGGGGGUUCGCCUUCCUGCCCGCCGUGUCCCCGCUGCGGGCUGUGCGGGGCCGGCGCCUGGCUCAGAGGCCGCGGCAGGUCCGGGUUUCACCCGGCAGCUCUGCAGCAGAGACAGGAGGACAGUCCGGAGCUGCACGGUGGACCCGAACCUGGAGGAGCAGUUCGUGUUUCCGGACUGUACAGAUCCAGAGGAGGACCGCCGUCCGGAGGAGAAAGACCUCCUCCAUCAGCUGAGCCUCGCCGCCUCCUCUGCUCCUCCUCCUCCUGGAUCUCCGGCUGGUCAUCCCCAGACCGCUCCUCGGAGACACCUGAGGUCUCUGGAGCGACAGCUGCAGGUGCUGAGGGGCGUGGCCCAGCAGGGGGCGGAGCCUGACUCUCUCAUCCAGUUCCACGACGUCGACUUCCCGCCGGAUGAGCGCAUGGUGACGACGGCGAAGACGAAGAAGAAGAAGAAGAAGACUGCGGGGAAAGGUGAGCACAAAGUCUUCGGCAGCCCGGACGUGGAUGAACCGGUCAGCGACACCUGCUGCUCGGGCUGCGGCGCCGUCCUGCACUGCGCCGCCGCCGCCGUCCCCGGAUACCUGCCCAGCGAGAAGUACAAGGCGCUGCGUCAGGAAGAGCGUUUGAGCGGAGCCACCUGCCAGCGCUGCCACCUGCUCACCCACCACCACAAGGCCCUGAACCUCCACAUGUCCGCAGACCAGUACCGGGCCGUGGUGCGGCAGGUCCGCCCCCACAAGGCUCUGGUGCUGCUCAUCGUCGACCUGCUGGACGUCCCCGACUCCAUCGUCCCCGACCUGCCCGAGCUGGUGGGGACCAACAAACACGUCGUCGUCCUCGGCAACAAGAUCGACCUCCUGCCCGGAGACUCGCCCAACUACCUGCAGCGGAUCAAACGGCAGCUCUCUCGGUACUGUCAGGACGCCGGGUUUGGGGAUCAGGUGACCGACGUCCACCUGAUCAGCGCUAAGACCGGGUACGGCAUCGAGGGUCUGAUCUCCAGCCUGCAGAGUUCCUGGAGGUACAAGGGGGAUGUGUACCUGGUGGGCAGCGCCAACGCGGGGAAGUCGACGCUCUUCAACACGCUGCUCGAGUCCGACUACUGCAAGUCCAAAGCCUCUGACGUCAUCCACAAGGCCACCAUAUCCCCGUGGCCCGGGACGACUCUGAACCUGCUGAAGUUUCCCAUCAUCAACCCGACUCCGUACCGGAUGUUCAGACGGCAGGAGCGACUGAACGCAGCGUCGAGACAGACGGAGAGCGAGCUGUCGCAGGACGAGCUGAAGAGACUGAAGCACUUCAGCAAGCAGGGCUACUUAGUGGGUCGUGUUGGCAGAACGUUCCGGUCUGACGUCGGAUCCAGACGGGACGAGAUCGAGUUUGAUCCCGACAGUUUGGCUUUUGGAGAAAACGAAGAUGGAGAGACGAGGACAACAGCUCCCAGCAGGUCAUCUGAUGAGUUCACCUUCAACGAGCUGAAAGACGCUCACUGGCUGUUCGACACACCUGGAAUCAUGAAGGAGCACGAUAUCCUCAGCCUGUUGACAGAACAGGAAGUGAUGUCAGUGGUCCCCACUCAGGCGGUCGUCCCGCGGACGUUCGUGUUGAAGCCGGGUUCGAGUCUGUUUCUGGGAGCUCUGGCGAGGAUCGACUUCCUGCAGGGAGGGAAGUCCUGCUGGUUUUCGGUCGUGGCCUCCGGUCGGCUCCCGGUUCACAUCACCGGUCUGGAAAAAGCCGGCGGUGUUUACGAGAAACAUGCGGGACGCGUCCUGCUGGGGGUUCCUCUGGGAGGGUCGGAGCGCAUGAAGGACUUUCCAGCGUUGGUUCCCGAGGAGUUCAGGCUGGAGGGUCGAGGUUACCUGGAGGCUGCUGCUGACAUCAAACUGUCGUCUGCAGGUUGGGUGGCUGUGACAGCAGCAGAGGGGGACCAGGUGUCUCUGAGGGUUCACGGUCCGGAGGCGGCUGGCUUCAGUCUGAGGACGCCGCCGCUGCUUCCUCACGUCGUCUCUCUGAAAGGUGAACGCGUCCGAAAAUCUGCCGCCUACAAACCGGUGAGACCGCCGGGGCUGCUGGACGGCGGCCUGUCGGCCCGCGGAGCCGAGAGGUUGCAGGUGAAGAAGAAGAAGAAGAAGAAGUGAACUCUGACACCUGCAGACAGGUGGACAUGCAGAGGUACAGGUGGGAGGAGCUUCCUCCUGACUCUCCUGACACACACACAGGUGUGUGUGUGUGUGUGUGUGUGAACUCCAUCACUACCCCUUUUCACCAAUAAGGUCCGGCUGCGGCACCGCACGCCACGCCCCCUUUCAGUAGAGUCUCUUCUGAUUGGCUGCGAGAACGCCACUUUUUCUUCUUCUCUACUCUGCGUGGCCAUUUCCACUGAAACAUCUUCUCUGUAUGUAUUUCUGUGCAAAAGGUAAAUUAUAUAAAUAUUUUUGGAUUUUCAGAACUUGUAAUCUUACAGAUGAAUCUCUUCACACACGUGUAACGUACACGAGACGGGUUCAUUUAAUGUUCAGUUUAAUUAGAAAAACAAAUAACUUUAUUAAAGAACAUUGAAGUUAAACGACA